UAAGUUUGUCAAAGUCAAGCAUAACUUAUUAUAAGCUUAUUAAAGCUUAUUUCUCACCUUGUUAUCUAGUCAUAGUGUAGACAGUUUAUAGCAAAACACUGCAUCACUUUUUAUAUGAGCUUAUAUUUAAGUCUAGCAGAGAAAUGGGGUCUGCAAGGAGUCUAGUUUAAAAAUAACACUGGAGCUCAUUUAAGAAUAUUGUGAUAUAUAUUGUGUAUCGUGAUAUAGCAAAAAUAUAUCAGGAUGUUAGAUUUUCCUCAUAUCCCCCAGCCCUAGUCUGGUGGUUGAGCUGUGGCUGAUUGGUCUGGACCGGAGCUGAAAGCGCCGGCGGUCUGGAUGUGUUUCAGAACGAGCUGGAGAACUUCCCCAUCAGCUCCGUCCAGCACUGCCAGGCAGUAAUGAACGCCUGCAGCUACGACUCCAUCCUGGCGCUGGUGUGCAAAGACUCGGGUCAGAGCAAGGCGGACCUGCACCUGUUCCAGUGCGACGACAUCAAGGCGAAUCUGAUUCACCUGGAUGUAGAAAGUGCCAUGAUCGAUGCCAAAGGGGGCAAAGUGAGGAAACGACCUGAGACGCUGAAGAUGAUCCUGAAGAGUGACGGCAUGAUCCCGCCUCCACCCACUACCCCCGCCCCCGAGGCACCAGCCUCAUCCAAUCAGGACAACAGGGGGCGUGUCGCCGCCUGGUCGGCAUGGGCCAAUGAACAGCAGCACUGUGAGUGAUGUCAUAGAGGGGAAAAGGGGGA